AUGGCUCAGAAAGAUUUCAAGGAUUUUGUUGAUAAGAAUCAUUUAUUGGAUAUUGUACAUAAGAAUGUUACCUUUACAUGGAUGAAUAGGCAUAUUGGUUUCACUGAAAUUGUAGAACGUCUUGACCAAUUUCUAGUUGUUGGGGUAUGGCUAGCUCAAAAUCUUACUCUUGAAUCAACUAUUCUACCCCUUAUAGGUUCAGAUCAUUUCCCUAUUUGCUUUACUGUGUCUCUAGGACAUUCUGAGGGUGGCCAUCAUUUCCGAUUUGAGUCAAUGUGGCUUAGAGUGCCAGAUUUACAUGAUCUGAUAGCAGAAUGGUGGAAUGAACCAGUUCUUGGAAACAACUCGAGGUUGUUAAAGAUAAAUAAGAAACUCAAGUAUAUUAAGAUCAAAAUAAAAGAGUGGAUUUUGAAACUCAGGGUUGUGGAAGAACUGGAGGAUCUUUCCAAUUCUAUCAUUAAGUCAGGCAUGAAUGAAGUACUCUUCCAAAGGGAAAACUCUCUCAAGUCAAAGCUAAAUGAAAUUCUCUGGCAUGAGGAAAUUGACCGGAGACAAAAAGCUAAAGAAAUUUGGUUGAAGGAUGGAGAUUGA